UGCUUGUACAGUGAAUGUGUAUAUAUGUGUAUAUGUAUGUCUGUACAGUGAAAGUAUAUGUACAUGUAAGUGUAUAUGUAUGUUUGUACAGUGGAUGCAGGAUGUUUGUGAUGACAUGUCGCUUCUCAGUUACCACACACUCACACACACACACACUUUCGCUCUUUGUCACACACCCGGCGAUCGACCAAGCGCAUCUUUCGAAAUGACUACAAAACUCGACAGCGUGCUUUUGCCGGCCAACAAGUUCAUCUACCACUACGAGAACAUGCGCUGGGCCAAGGGCCGCAAUGAAACCUACUUGUGCUUUGUGGUCAAGAGGCGAGUGGGGCCCGACUCGCUGUCCUUUGACUUCGGACACCUGCGUAACCGCAACGGCUGCCACGUGGAGCUCCUGUUCAUGCGCUACCUGGGGACCCUGUGCCCGGGCCUGUGGGGGAGCGGCGCUGCCGGCGGCCGGAGGCGGAGCUACUCCAUCACUUGGUUCUGUUCCUGGUCUCCGUGCGUUAACUGCGCCGUGGCUCUGUCGCGGUUCCUCGGCCGGAUGCCCAACCUGCGCCUCAGGAUCUUCGUGUCCCGCCUCUAUUUCUGCGACCAGGAGGACAGCCGGGAGAGGGACGGCCUGCGGUUGCUGCGAAAAAACGGGGUCCAGAUCACGGUCAUGAGUUACAAAGACCUUCGUGGAUCACAAGCACAGCUCCUUCAAGGCCUGGGACAGUCUGCAGCAGAACUCUCUCCGACUGUCCAGGAAACUCAAACGCAUCCUUCAGGACGAUGAGAUGGAAGAUUUAAGCGACGCCUUCAAGCUGCUUGGACUGUGAGACAUUUUCAUGGCUGCUAAGUGACGUCAUCACUACAGCGGCUGACCUCAGAACAAAGAAACUGGUUUUAUUUUGUAAAAAUGUGGUGUUACUAACUCAAACAACGGCCAAAAACAACCUUUUUUUUGUAUACGUCACGUCUUGUUAUUAUUGUAAAAUAUCCAAUAAAUGCUUUC